AUCGAAUGUUGUCUUGAUUGUCACUAGGCAAGCAUUAAUCUUUAGCGUAAUUUAAAGUAUAGCAUGGUUAAAAAUGGCAAAUGCUGAAUUAUCGACGGCUUUGCGUGAUCUUCCAAAUCGAGUGCUUUCUGUUUCAUACGAUGAGAGAACAAAUUUAUUUUAUAAUGUUGCAGCGGUCCUGGACAAUCCAGGUAUGAAUGAAUCUAUUAUCAAAGGGAUAUGUAAAGUUAUUGGUACAACUCUAACAAAGUAUAAGGAUAGCGCUUCUCAACUUCUCGUACGAAAUCUCAUUGUGGACAUUAUUAAACAGCAUCAUGACGUGGCUAUCAUACAUAUGACUACAGUAAUUAAAACUAUUUUGAGUAAAGAGUUGUCAAAGCUGCCACCACAAAAAUGUGCAAAAUUUUCUUUAAUUGCAUUGGGAUGGACCGACUUGAUAAUAAGAAAUGGAACGUCCAACUCGAAUGUAUACAAAACGGAAUAUCCUAAAUUGGUGGAGUAUCAGAGUAUUUUGUAUCAGCAUAUUCUUCUUUCUUGUAAUAUUCGAAUUGUUGAAAUGGCUGAGAAAAUAUUCUUUGAUUCAUGGUUAAAUUCAUAUAUUUUCGACAUGUGUUUUUCAACUAUGCUAACAAAAGAACCGGCACAUUCCGUUAUAAUUUUAAUUAUGCUACUAAUUCGGUUUGAACGAAGGCAUUCAGAUAACAAAGAAUAUGACAUUAAAUACAAAUCGAAACUUUUGGAAUAUUUUGUAAAAGGCGUUAUAACCAGCAAGAUAAAGCCACAUAAUUCGGUUAUAAAUGCAUGCCGACCAUUGCUAAUCGAUCUUUCACAAGAGGAUUUCAAGGAAAAUCUUUUUCCGGUAUUACUAAAAUCCAUUCUAAGGAGCCCUGAAGUAGCCAUUUAUACUAUGGGGAAUAUUAUCCAUCACAUAAAUAUAGAUUUGAGUGAAUAUACAUCAUCAUUUGGAAAAGUUAUUUUACAAAAUUUAUAUUGUAAGGACGAUGUAACGAGAAAGGAAUCUCUAGAAACGUUGAAGGAAUUAUCACAGAAGUGUACAACGAUUGAAUCCGUGGAAUAUUUAUUAAGGGGAAUUUUCGACAUUUUAAAUGGAGUAAACGGGAAAGUCACAGUUACUGAGUACCGGAUAAACCUUAUUCAGGGCGCAGGAUAUUUGAGUUUUAACUCAAUUUCGAUCCAGGAAGAAUCAGUCAUAUUACAACUUGCUGUGGACUUUUUUUCGAAAGCGUUGAUAACUGAAAUUCAAGAAAAAGUUAUCUGUCACACAUUGGACAUGUUUAGCCUAUGGAUGGUGAAGUUUGUUGGUGAAUUGCCAAAAUCAAUUGUCGACAUUUUUAAAAGAGGAUUAGAUCUAAAAACAACUACACAACCAGUGCGAGUCGCAUAUCUUCAAUGGUUUUUAGCUGGACUUCAAAAUGCGAAACUAUACCAAGGAUUCAACUUUUCUCCCUUACUUCUUUCAAUGGUUGAAAAAGGACUGCAGAGUCCCAUACAAAUCCCACUAUUAUGUGAAGCUGUAUGCGCUGCGGGUGUUAUAAUGCAAACUGAAUCAACACUGAAUAAUCCUAUAUUAGGAAAUUUUUGGAACACCAUGUUCGAUAUGAACAAACAAAUAUUUUUUUCUGAGCGCUUCAUGGUGGCUGCGCCACCGGAAACUUUAUGCUAUGUUUCUUUGAUAGCUGAAAGGUUGUUAACGAAAUAUUCAGAUAAUUUAAAGGGUUCAUUUAACAUAGUAUUGAAGGCUUUGGUUUCCAAUUUGAUUUCGAAUUCUGAAAAAGUAAGAACUUAUACCAUGACUUUACUUCCUACAAUAAUGCAUUCAAAGAACGGUGUCACAUAUAUUAAAAUUGUUAUAUCGGAAUUAGAAAAUCAAUUGGAUAACGUCAAGUUCAACAAUGAGAUUGAUAGCAAUCAAGAAGAAAGUGUAGCUAAUGCGAAUAUUUUAGUAGAUGUAAUAGAAAGUAUUUGCAACUAUGAGCAUCUUUCAAUUGUUGAUGCUAAAACAGUUGCUUUACAGUCUUUACUUAUAUGCCAUCAUCCUGCUGCUGUUUGUAACGAUUGUUUUUUGUGGGAAAAAAUUUUAAAAGAGAAAUUCAAACUUGAUCCAGAAAUCUUUGUUGAAAAUAAUACGAAGGAAAUUAUUAAUAUCUUAAUAGAUAACUUUCAACUGAAAAAUCCUUAUGAAAACGCUAUAUCUACAGUUGUUCGUCUAAGCCCUGGAAAAGUAUUACCAACACUCAUAAAAAAAAUUAUAACCGAUCUUAAAAAUAUUGAAACUAGUACGAUUAGUGAUGAAGAGUACUCUAUUUUUGUUACACUAAAAGAUAAUUUAUUAGAUAAAGAAGGUAAUGAGAGCAUAUACGCCUCAGGUGGUCAAAUGCGAGACAUUAAAGGGCAAUACGACAAAAGUCAACAAGAAAAAAAUAUGCUUAUUACGGAAUCUUCGGAUAAAAAACGGCAGAAAGGCAAGCCAGAACUAUCGCAAAAACAGCAAGAAUCUGUAAAAAACCAAUUAGAAAAGGAAAUUUGUAUAAGAGAUCGGUUGAACCUUCUUAAUAAAAAACUAAAAAUUGUCAUAGCCUGGUUAGAGUGCGCUUGCUUAGGCAAUCCUAAAGCAGUAUCUUUAUAUUUCAAUGAAUUGUUAUCUCAAGUAUUAAGUACACUAAAAUGCCCCCUUUCAGAACCUUUGGCUAAAUUGUAUUAUAAAAUGAGAGAGACAUGUUUUGAAGAUUCUUUUGACUUGGGGAAGGAUUUGGCCAUUAUGACUAUUCGCUUAGAGAAGCCAGUAUUUGCAUUACCAAAGGAAUGGGAUGCAAACGAUAUAGAUGAGUGUGUCAUUAAAGUUCUACUUAAUCUGCAAAAAUACAUUUUAAACCAUCGUACUGAUAUGAAUAAAGAUGAAUCACACUACAUUCUCAACGCACCUUCUUUCGCUUAUAUAUUCGAAUUCCUAAAACGUGCGCUAGUUUUGAACUCCAUCACAAAGAACGAGGAUUAUAUACUUAUUGGCAUAGAAAUAAUAGAAACUUAUGCAGAAAUUAGGGGGUAUACUGUUUUAGGAGAUUUAACCGAUUGCAAGCAUCCCAAGUAUAUGCCUCGAUGUGAAAUGUUAAAAUUAUUGCUAUAUUUUAUUAAAAACAGCCAUGGAAGAGUUCAAACAAAUGCUGCUGCUGUGCUGUUGGAAGUAGCCAACUUAAGUUCUGGCGAAGAUUAUUGUGGAUUUGCUAGUGAAGAUGAGAUUAAGCUAAUACUAAAUUUUUUGCAAUGCGACAAGCAAGUCGUAAGGGAAGCUUGCCUAAGAGCUCUUCAAAUUAUUAAAAGGUCUAUAUUGCUUGAAAACGUUAUCCAUAGAAAUUUAAUUUCCGACAUAAAACUUCGUUUAUGGGUUGCGAAACACGACAUUUCGGAAGAAAAUUGUAUAUUAGCUACUGAUUUAUGGGAAUCAUUAGAAUUUUCAUUUCCUAAUAUGGAAGAUAUUCUUAUAGACGUGACUCAUAAUGAAGUUUGUAUUCAAAGAGCUGCAUCUGCUGCGAUGGUUCCUUUACUUUUCAAAGACUAUAGCCAAGUGAAAUCAAUAGUGAAAUCACUACUGGGCAUUUAUAAAGAAAAAUUAAUUAUGAUACCUCCGAAAUUAGAUCAGUUCGACCGAGAAGUUUUCCCAGCAAUAGAUCAAUGGGAACCUAGGAGGGGUAUUGCAAUCUGUAUAUCUCAAAUUUCCAAAUUUUUCGAUGUUGAAGAUGUGAAUGAAAUAAUGCAAUUUAUGGUGUCGCAGGGCUUCAGAGAUCGUAAUGAAAUUGUUCAAAAGGAAAUGCUUGCCGCUGCGCUUUGUAUAGUAGACUGCCAUGGCAAACAAACUAUACUUAACUUGUUACCGGUAUUUGAAGGAUUUUUAGAUAAAGCACCGAGAUCACAAAGUUAUGACAAUGUUAGACAAGCUGUAGUAAUUCUUAUGGGAUCCCUGGCACGUCAUUUAGAACCAGAUGAUAUUCGUAUAGAGCCUAUAGUACGAAGACUUAUUUCUGCUCUAUCAACACCUUCACAACAAGUACAAGAAGCAGUAGCUAAUUGUUUACCACAUUUAGUUCCAUCGGUAAAGGAGAAGGCUCCUGAAAUAAUAAAAAAAUUAUUACAGCUGCUAGUAAAAUCUGAUAAAUAUGGAGAGCGAAGAGGCGCAGCUUAUGGCAUAGCAGGUAUUGUUAAAGGCUUGGGAAUUUUGUCUCUGAAACAACUCGAUAUAAUGUCGAAAUUAACAAUUUUUAUACAGGAAAAAAAAAAUUAUAAAUCACGAGAAGGUGCACUUUUUGCUUUUGAAGUACUAUGCACAACACUGGGUCGUUUAUUUGAGCCAUAUAUUGUUCAUGUGUUACCUCAUCUAUUGCAAUGCUUUGGGGACUCUUCUCAAUAUGUUAGGCAAGCAGCUGAUGAUACAGCAAAAGUAGUAAUGGGUAAGCUUUCUGCUCAUGGUGUUAAGCUUGUUCUUCCGUCUCUACUUAACGCUUUAGACGAGGACUCGUGGCGUACGAAAAUGGCCUCGGUUGAAUUACUUGGAGCAAUGGCAUUUUGCGCACCAAAGCAGCUUUCAUCAUGUUUACCAAACAUUGUCCCCAAACUGAUAGAAGUCCUUGGUGAUUCUCACACAAAAGUACAAGAAGCGGGAGCUGAAGCGUUGAAAGUUAUAGGAUCUGUAAUAAAGAAUCCAGAAAUUCAAGCUAUUGUUCCGAUUUUAUUGACAGCUUUAGAAGAUCCAUCAACCAACACGUUUAUUUGUUUGCAUAGCUUACUUCAAACAAAGUUUGUACAUUUUAUCGAUGCUCCAUCCCUUGCUCUUAUAAUGCCUGUUGUAGAAAGGGCAUUUAUGGAUCGGUCUACAGAGACACGAAAAAUGGCAGCCCAAAUUAUAGGAAAUAUGUACUCUUUAACAGAUCAAAAGGAUUUAGUACCAUAUCUACCCAAUAUAAUUCCCGGGUUAAAAAUGUCUUUGCUUGAUCCUGUACCCGAAGUGAGAGCGAUUUCUGCAAGAGCAUUAGGAGCAAUGGUCCGUGGAAUCGGCGAAUCUUCAUUUGAAGAUCUCCUACCGUGGUUGAUGCAAACUUUAACAUCUGAGACUAGCAGUGUCGAUCGGAGCGGUGCAGCUCAAGGACUUUCUGAAGUAGUUGGUGGCCUUGGAGUAGAGAAAUUGCAUCAACUAAUGCCUGACAUUAUUGCAACUGCAGAAAGAAAUGACAUUGCCCCACAUGUCAAAGAUGGAUAUAUAAUGAUGUUUAUAUAUAUGCCGGGUCCCUUUCCGAAGGAAUUCACUCCUUAUAUUGGUCAAAUAAUUAAUCCAAUUUUAAAAGCUUUGGCUGAUGAAAAUGAAUACGUUCGGGACACCGCGUUAAAAGCCGGACAACGUAUUGUGAAUUUGUAUGCCGAAUCUGCAGUAACGCUUCUUCUUCCAGAAUUGGAAAAAGGUCUUUUUGAUGAUAACUGGAGAAUUCGAUUUAGUUCUGUUCAACUGUUGGGCGACUUGUUGUACAGAAUAUCAGGCGUUUCAGGAAAAAUGACUACGGAAACAGCUAGUGAAGACGAUAAUUUUGGAACAGAACAAUCUCAUACUGCCAUAAUAAGAUUUUUGGGAGAAGAAAGGCGGAAUAGGGUUCUUUCUGGACUUUAUAUGGGACGUAGUGACGUAUCCUUAAUGGUACGGCAAGCUGCCCUUCAUGUUUGGAAAGUAGUUGUAACAAACACCCCCCGCACGCUACGAGAAAUUUUACCUACUUUAUUUGGUUUACUGUUGGGUUGUUUGGCUAGCACCAGUUAUGAUAAACGUCAAGUAGCUGCGCGCACAUUAGGAGACCUUGUUAGAAAAUUGGGAGAAAGAAUACUUCCUGAAAUAAUACCAAUAUUAGAGAAAGGACUUAAUUCAGAACAUGCAGAUCAGCGACAAGGAGUUUGUAUUGGUUUAUCAGAAAUAAUGGCCUCAACGUCAAGAGAAAUGGUAUUAUCUUUCGUUAAUAGCCUUGUUUCCACAGUAAGGAAGGCACUUUCGGAUCCCUUACCAGAAGUAAGAGAAGCUGCCGCUAAAACCUUUGAGUCUUUACAUUCGACAGUUGGAUCACGUGCGCUGGACGAUAUUUUGCCUUCAAUGUUGGAUGGGUUGAACGACCCCGAUCCGGCUAUUGCCGAACAUACAUUGGAUGGCCUUCGCCAAAUGAUGACAAUUAAGUCACGAGUAGUCUUACCAUUUCUUAUUCCGCAGUUAACCGCUGCUCCAGUCAAUACAAAAGCACUUUCGAUUUUAGUGUCUGUCGCUGGUGACGCGCUAACAAAAUAUUUACCCAAAAUUUUAGAUGCUUUACUUCAUGCACUUUCGGAGGCGCAAGGCACUACGCAUGAAUACCGGGAAUUGGACUAUUGUCAAGCUGUAAUUCUUUCAGUGACGGAUGAAGUUGGUAUUCGUACAAUUGUAGACACUUUAAUGGUAUCAGCAAAAUCUGAUCACAUAAACACUCGAAAAUCUGCUUCAAGCUUGCUAUUUGUAUUUUGUACACACUCUCCAGGAGAUUAUUCUGAGUAUGUGCCACAAUUGCUACGAUGUUUACUUUGCUUAAUGGCUGAUUCUGACCGUGAUAUUCUGCAAAGAUCAUGGGACGCUCUAAACUCAGUUGUUAAAAGUUUAGAUUCAGCACAACAAAUUUCUCACGUUUCUGAUGUUAGACAAGCUGUUCGUUUCGCUUCAAGUGAGCUAAAAACAUCUGAAUUACCAGGUUUUUGUUUGCCUAAAGGAAUUACGCCAUUACUUCCUGUUUUUCGUGAAGCUAUUUUAAAUGGAAUGCCAGAUGUUAAAGAAAAUGCAGCACAAGGCUUAGGCGAAAUUAUAUCUCUUACAAGUGCUCAAUCCCUACAAUCAUCUGUCGUGCAAAUAACUGGGCCGCUAAUCCGUAUAUUGGGAGAUCGAUUUAAUGCGGGCGUUAAAGCUGCUGUACUAGAAUCGUUAGCUAUUUUAUUGCGAAAAGUUGGAGUUAUGUUAAAACAAUUUUUACCACAAUUACAAACAACAUUUCUAAAAGCUUUGCAUGAUUCAAAUAGGACUGUUCGCAUGAAAGCUGGAAAAGCAAUAUCUGAAUUAGUAAUUAUACAUUCACGUCCAGAUCCAAUAUUUAUUGAAAUACAUAACGGUAUAAAAUCGAGUGAGGAUUUACCUAUACGAGAAACUAUGCUGGCAGCUGUACGUUCAAGCAUUCAUUCGGCGGGUGAAAAAAUGUCUGAAAGCUUAAAAAAACAAAUAAGUGCCACUUUACUAAGUAUUAUAGGACAUUCCGACGAUGUUACUAGAUCGGCUGCCGGAGGUUGUCUAGGAGCACUUCUAAAACAUCUGUCAGUUCAGCAAGUUAAUGAUAUAUUAGAGCAUCAUAUAUUGUUAGAUGACAAUGAUGAUGCAUUGCUAACGCAUGGACGGACUACCGCCCUUUUUGUUGCCCUAAAAGAGUGUCCUGUUUCGAUUAUUACUUCGAAAUUUGAAAACAAAGUAAUUACAAUAAUAACUACGAGCAUUUUAUCAGAUAAAAUAAAUAUUGCUAGUAAUGGUGUUCGCGCUCUUACUUGUUUAUUGCAAUAUUAUUUAAUAAAUAAUCUUACCUUUUCACCAAUAAUUGUUCCAUGCCUUGCGAGAGCCAUGAACCAUAAAAGCAACGAAAUAAAACAGAUUGUUGCCAAGAGUUGCAACUACUUAGCAAAAGAGUUACCUAUAGAAAAGAUGAGCCCAGAUGUUAUUAAAUUACUUGUACCAAUGCUAGUUAAUGGGACCAAAGAAAAAAAUGGUUACGUGAAGUCUAACUCGGAAAUAGCUUUAAUAUCUCUUUUGCAUCUUAGAGAGGAUGAUACCACAUAUAAUAACGUAUGCCAAAUUCUAGAAGUCGGUGCGAAAGAUUCCUUAAAUGAGGUUGUCCAUAAAGUUUUACGUAAAGUUGCAGUGCAGCCUUUAGGUAAAGAUGAAGAGUUUGAUGACACUAUUUUAAAUUGAUUGAAAUUCGUUUUUGUAAUUUGAAUAUUUCAGCUGUAAAUGUAAUGUACAUGAGAAAAUAAAUAAAUUCUGUAAGAAAAUUAAAAAUGUUUUUUAUGAAUUCAAAGAAAGCUUCAUUAAACUAUAAGUGCAAUUGAAAUAUAGCAGCAGAUUUUUUUUAACGAAUACCAUAUCCAUGUAAGAGAGAGGGCGAGUUCCAAAACGUCGAAAUGCUUUGUAAUGAUGCGGUUUCAUAACAAUGCAAUCCUGCAUGCUAUGAAUUUUCGUGCAAAUAAGUUGAUUUUCGGUGAUAUGGCUAAAACAUAAAACAAAUCAAGAGAAUAAGUUAUAUAAUGUUUUAAAAAAAUAAUUAGCACAAACUUCCGACGUCGGCAGUUUUAGGUCUAAAUUUAUGAUAAAAUAUAGCAUCACAUACCUUAGCGAUGCGCAGUUUGCUUUUGUUUGCGCAUCAAUAACUUUACCGAUGCAAUUUGGAACAUAAUACAUCGUCAAAGUUUGCACAGUUGCAUUUAGGAAUGCGCGACAAAUUAUGGUUGCUUUGCAAAUAGCAUUUUGGAAUACUUAUUUAUUUAAUUCUACCUUAAUAACGAUAGAUAAAAGUCCUUAGUAAGUAAGAGCUGUGAAUAGAGAAAUGGUGCUUAUUAUUUUACUAGUAGUUUAACAUACAUUGAACAUACUUCUUUAUUUUACUUCAUGUGAAUUUAGUCCCUACAAUAACGUUUCCGAUCAUUUGAGCCAUAUGGAACUUAUUCACAUUCACUUAUAUUGUUUAAAACUUACUUAUACCACGAUGCAAAUAAAAAAAAUUCAUCAAAGAUUUGUUUCAACAGGAAAUGUUAAAGAAGGCAUUGUAAUUUAAUGUUAAAUCUUUAUAUAAUUA